AUGACAUACUUGAAGAGGUUCUACCUCAAGAAUACGGUCAUGGAUUGGCACCCUAAGAAUGUCAUGCUCACGGCCAUCUUUCUUGCUACCAAAACAACCAAUAACCCAAUUGCCCUAGACGCUUUCACGGGGCGACUCAAACAGAGUCCUUCUGAUGUUCUCGACUUGGAGUUCCUGGUUGCUCAGUCUCUUGCUUUCGAGUUCGCGAUAUGGCAUGCCCACCGCGCACUCUGGGGCCUUUGGCUCGACAUACAGAGCCUCCCAAAUGCCCCUUCCAAUGAAGCCGAACUACAGCAAUGUUAUGACGGAGCCGUGGCGAACUUACGCAUGACCCGCUAUACCGACGCUGAGCUCAUCUACACGCCCUCUCAGAUUGCUCUGGCAUGUAUGUCCCUCUCCCGCCCGGAUCUCGCACAGGCUUGGGCGCAAAGCAAGAAUGCCGAGUCUGUUGUCCUAAUUCUGGAUCAGAUCAAAGAUUUGAUCCAGCGAGAUGGACAUGCGCCGGGGAAAGACGUCGUGACGACCAUUGACCGCCGUCUUCGUUUGUGCAAGAACCCGGAGAAGAUCGUAGGGAGUAAGGCAUACAACGCGAAGAAGCAGCGCGAGGAGACGGAAGCGGAGGCCAAGCGAGUGAAGAAGGCGGAGACCAUCCGGAAGGCGAUGGACGAGAGCGAUCCGUUCGGGGAUCCGAUUGAAGGCGGGGAAGCAGCAGAAGUAGCUGCGAACCUCGCCGGGUUGGAUGACGACGACUGA